UAUUGCCUGCCAAACUUCCUGUUUCUACCAACUCCCAGCAUGCUGAGGAGCCAGAUUGGUGACUAAAUUUCCGCUCUACAAUUGGACUACAUUUCCCAGAAGCUCAGUGGGCGGAUUGAGGCCCCACGUGCGAGUUGAUAGGCGGAGGCCGCGCCGAGCAGCAGAAGAGCAGAGGGUCGCUCCACUUAGAGAAAGUUGGAGCGGGUGGGUGAAGAAAGCUGAGAUCUGGUAAUGGCUGGGAGCUGAGUGCGCACCUUGGAGGAGGCUGGCGGGCGAAGCCUUUGGAGCUGUGACAUAAGGGACAGGCGUUCCACACCACCAGUUGAUGGCGCCUCCAGAGCAAACAGAAAAGCCCGCUGCGGAAGGAAUGCCAGCCUCUGCAGAUUGCGGAAGUAGAAGAAAAAGAGCUGACAAGUAAAGCUUCUGAGUCUCACCGUUGAGGUUUCCCACAGCCUCCAGCUAUGCGUCUUUCUGCCUUGCUGGCCUUGGCAUCCAAGGUCACGCUGCCUCCCCACUACCGCUAUGGCAUGAGCCGCCCAGGCUCCUUGGGAGAUAAGAGGAAGAACCGCCCAGGGAUCCGGCGGCGCCCAGUAGUUGUGGAACCCAUCUCUGAUGAAGACUGGCACCUGUUCUGUGGGGACAUAGUGGAGAUCCUAGAAGGCAAGGAUGCUGGGAAGCAGGGAAAAGUGGUUCAAGUCAUCCGGCAACGAAAUUGGGUGGUCCUGGAGGGCCUGAACACACAUUACCGCUACAUUGGCAAGACCAAGGAUUCUCCGGGAACCAUGAUUCCUAGUGAAGCCCCCUUGCUUCACAACCAGGUCAAACUUGUGGAUCCAAUGGACAGGAAACCCACCGAGAUUGAGUGGAGAUUUACUGAGGCAGGAGAGCGAGUUCGAGUCUCAACAAGAUGGCCCCAAAGACACAUCUGUGGAAGAUGCCCUAGAAAGAACGUAUGUGCCUCGUCUAAAGACACUGGAGGAAGAGGUGAUGGAGGCAAUGGGGAUCCAGGAAACCAGGAAACCCAAGAAAGUCUACUGGUAUUGAGCCUGAAACAGCAGCUUCUUCCUUGUCUUAGCUGUGAAGGCAGAGGGGCCUGUUCCUCAGACACUAAUAAAGUGCCAUGAGCCA